AUGGCAGACCAAGCUCAAAAAAGAAUCACUGCCAUCGGCCAGCAGCUUGAGCCGUCACCGGGCGGCCUCCCACGGAUCGCCAAGGUGGCCGGCAAGUCCAAUGGCCCUCGAGCCGAAGGCAAAGUCGUCAUCAUCACAGGUGCAAAUUCGGCCCUGGGCAUUGGCCGCGCAACGGCCCACCAAUUUGCAGAGAAUGGCGCCAAGGCAGUCUAUAUUUGCGACUACGCCGACUCCAACCUCGCUGCGCAUAAGCAGGAGAUGACGGGCCUAUAUCCGGCGGUAGAUGUCCACAUUUGGCAGUUCGACGCCGCAGACGAGGCCCAAGUCAAGGCCGUGGUAGAUGACGCUCUUGACCGGUACGGCCGUCUGGAUGUGUUCUUUGCCAAUGCCGGCAUCACGGGAUUGAAUGUCGUCUUCACCGAGUUCAAAGACUCGGAUUUCAUGGAGGUUCUCAAGACAAACACUCUAAGCGUCUUCCUGGCGGCAAAGUAUGCCGCGCCUGCCAUGAUGAAAACAUCGCCAUCCAAGCCUACAUCAGGCGGAUCCAUCAUCGGAACCGCUUCUGUCGCCGGAAUCCGUUCCAACGCCGGCUCGACCCCUUACUCAGCCUCCAAAGCGGCCGUCGUCUCUCUCGCCCAGACCAUCGCGUACCAGCUCGCCGGUACGGGGGUCCGCGUUAAUGCCAUUUGCCCCGGUCUCAUCGAGACGGGCAUGACGGCCCCCGUGUACCAGGCCGCCAGGGCGAGGGGCAACGAGAAGAAGAUUGGGCACCUGAACCCAACGAGAAGAGGCGGCCACGCAGACGAGAUUGCGCGGGUGGCCCUGUUCCUGGGCACCGACGAGAGCAGCUAUGUGAAUGGCCAGGCCUGGGCUGUCUGCGGCGGGUUGAGCGCCGGACAUCCAUAUGUUCCCGGACGGCUGAGCUAG